AUGAGUGGACGCAAAACCAGCUCCUAUACCUUGACAGAAGAGUCGCCGGAAUCAACCUCAACAAUUCAGGAUAUACGAGAGGAAGACCAAGUUGCUCCAGGGCCCCAGCAAGAAGCACCUAAACAGUCACAUAUCCAAAAAUGGUUAAGCGAUCAUCCUAAAGUAUACGCAGUUUUAUCUUGGAUAUGGAAAUUUUGGUUGAAACAGUGGUUUCUCAUAUGUUUGGGCCCUGCGGUUGCUCUAGCUCAUGCAUACCCAAAUUUUGCCAGACAUGAUGGAACCAUUAGGUCAGAGUAUACUAUCAACUACGGAGCCGUAGCUAUCAUAUUCUUCAUCUCUGGUCUUACUAUGAAAACCAAAGACUUUUUGAAGAACUUUGGACACUGGAGAGCCCAUUUCACAGUGUUAAGCUGCUCGUUUCUACUUACUUCUUCUAUCAUUUACGGUAUAGCGUGCGGUAUAAGAGCUGCUCAUGAUUCCAAUAUCGAUGACUGGAUGUUAGCAGGACUUAUUGUUACCGCAUGUUGUCCAACCACUGUGAGUAGUAACGUUGUCAUGACAGAACAAGCUCAUGGUAAUGUUUUCUUGAGUAUUUGCGAAGUUAUUAUUGGCAAUGUUUUAGGGGGUUUCAUCACACCUGCUCUGGUGCAAAUGUAUCUGACAGGUAGCUGGGAUUUUGCCAAUCCUGCACUUGAUAGUUCGGUUACCGAUGUUUAUCGAAACGUGAUGCAACAGGUAGGUUGUGCUGUGUUUGUGCCUGUCUUUGUGGGCCAAGUCCUGCAGAAUCUCUUUCCUGCAAAAGUCAAAUGGUGUGCAGUUAAAUUCAGACUUAGCAAAGUUGGCACAUUCAUGUUAUUGUUAAUUAUGUGGGCCUCUUUUUCGACAGCAUUCUAUCAAGAUGCAUUUACCUCAGUCCCAAGUGCAUCGAUUAUAUUUCUUUGUUUUUUCAACUUGGGUAUCUAUCUAUUUUUCACUGUGAUUUGCUACCUCUAUUCUCGGCCAAGAUUUCUCCUUUCAAUUUUCCAUGACGAACCGACUCCUCAACAUUCGAAAUAUUACCGAUGGGGCUAUAAGACCUUUAGACCUUUUUACUACAAUAGACCUGACACAGUUUCUGUUAUGCUUUGUGGAGCUGCCAAGACUGCUGCUUUGGGUGUUUCUCUGGUUACCUCUCAAUAUGGAGAGGAUAGCCCACAUUUAGGACAGUUACUUGUUCCUCUAGUCCUGUAUCAAUCUGAACAGGUUGCUGCCGCUCAGGUACUAGUGCCAUUUAUGAAGAGAUGGAUUCAUUCUGACCCCGAGUACGUUGAUAAAGAUGGCAAUAUGCCAAACAAAUACCCACAAGGUAAUGACGAAGAAGUAUCCACCAGUGGUUCCAAGUAA